CAUAUCAAUUAUUUUUUUAAGACAGUUGUAGUUAUGUUCCUCUCUCUUAUUCUAUGGUUAUGUUCGUUUUUUGUCGGCGUUUUAGGUUAUAAACAGUUUUAAAAUGAAAUUAUACUGUUUGAGUAACGACCCGAACAAGCCAUGUCACAUCCUUACCUUCAAGGAAAUAACUUUAAUGUUGGACUGCGGUCUUUCCAUGCAAUCAGUAUUAAAUUUCCUCCCUUUAUCAUUUGUUGCCUCGAGUAAAUUAUCAAACUUACCAAACUGGAUGCCAAACGACGUCUCUGAUUCAGAUUUGGAAGGAGAAUUGAAAGAGAAUGGGGACCGCAUUUUUGUCGACUCACCGCCGGAAUUUUGCCCCCCUUUAAACAAACUCAUAGAUUUUGCCCAAGUCGACGUUAUCUUAAUUUCGAAUUAUUUGUGCAUGAUGGCACUGCCAUUUAUCACAGAAGGGACUGGGUUCCAAGGUAGGGUGUACGCCACUGAGCCCACUCUCCAAAUCGGACGACUACUACUCGAGGAACUCGUUAAUUACAUUGACCAGUGCCCCAAAGCCAGUUUCGCAACCCAGUGGAAAAAUCUCAUUCAUAAAUUACCCUAUCCUUUGAGCGACUCCUUCAAGCCCAAAUCCUGGAAACAACUCUACAACAUGAACGACGUCAAUGCGAGUUUAUCGCGCAUACAGAUGGUGGGCUACAACGAGAAAAUUGACGUUUACGGGGCUUUGAAAGUGAUGCCUUCAAGCUCCGGCUUUUGCCUCGGCUCCUCCAACUGGAUCAUCACCUCCGACCACGAAAAGAUCGUCUAUUUGAGCGGCUCAAGCACCCUCACCACCCACCCCCGCCCCAUGGACCACCACUCCCUCAAAAACGCCGAUGUCUUGAUCAUGACAGACCUCACACAAACCCCCAUCAGUAACCCGGACUCGAUGUUGGGCGUUUUGUGCGUGGUGGUGGGGCUCACGCUACGUGGGGGAGGCAAUGUUUUAAUCCCGUGCUAUCCCACGGGAGUUGUCUACGAUUUAUUUGAGUGCUUGUCGGUGAAAAUGCAAGAUUUGGGCGUUUCGAACUGUCCCAUGUUUUUCGUGUCUCCAGUGGCUGAUACUAGCCUAGCCUACUCUAAUAUUUUAGCCGAGUGGCUUUCGUCGGUUAAACAGAACAAGGUGUAUGUGACCGAAGAGCCGUUCCCGCACGGACUUUUGGUCAAAAACAACAAACUUAAGCAUUUUAAACAUGUUUACUCGGACGGGUUCAGCACGGAUUUCCAGGAGCCCUGUGUUGUUUUUUGUGGGCACCCCUCCUUAAGAUUUGGCGAUGUUGUACGUUUUAUCGAGUUGUGGGGCAAUAACCCAAGGAACUGCAUUGUUUUUACAGAGCCUGAUUUCGACUACACCGAAGCCUUAGCCCCGUACCAGCCCCUGCAAAUGAAAGUGGCUCACUGUGCCAUCGACACUUCGCUCAAUUUCACCCAAGCCAACAAACUCAUCAGGGACUUAAAACCGAACACACUUGUGGUCCCUGAAUGCUACACUCAGCCCCCAGUUUCGGCCCCAAACCUGACCGACUAUGUUAUUGAAAAUAAUCACGACCGUACAUUAAUUCCGUACAAAUGGGGCGAAGUGAUUAACUUGCCUUUGAAGCGGAAACAUAGUCAGAUUUUUAUUGAAACCGGAGUUGCUCAAAAAAUUGUGCCGGUGGAAGUGAAGCCUGGGAUUAGUUUAUCGAGUAUUACGGGGACUUUGAGUAUUAAAGACAACGUGCACAGCAUACAGGAUUUGUCGUCCAGUGUGAAUAAGGCGAGUAAACACGUCAAGUAUGAGUGGGGGAGUUUGAAUGUGACUGAUUUUUUGCAAAAGUUGAGUCAGGAGGGGAUUAGUGAGCCGAAGGUGGAGUCGCAUGGGAAUGUCGUUGUUAUACAUUUGCAAGAGGAAGACGCGUUGAUUCAGUUGGAAGACAAUAGUACGCACGUGGUGUGCACUGGUGACGAAACUUUGAGGACAAAGCUGCGCAGUAUCGUUAUGCAGUGUUUGAAGAAGUUUUAGUCAGGCGUUUAAACAAUUUAUUACAUUGAAUAUCGUAUUUCACAUGUAUAUAAUAUGUAUGCAGAAGUAGACAAAGAUGAAAAUACUUGUAUUUAAUA